AUGUUAGUCACUUUGUUCCUACUCAUCACAUUAAUUUCUUAUCCAACUGUGUAUGCACUUGCGAGCAACCAUAGAACAACUGUGGCCAAUAACAAUGCCAGUGAAUUGAGGUCAUCAUCAAAUCUCCUGAACUGGAGAAACACAAUAUCACAAUGUGUUCGAUUGUAUACGGGACCAAAUCAACUUGGUGAUUGGUUCGAUAUAUGUGAUAGUAAUGAGCUACUCUCAUCCAUAUUUGUUUGGAGGGCACAAUCGAUGUGUACAUCUGUAAAUACGAAUCCAAUCAGAAAGAUAUAUUGGCUGAUAUAUGAACGAUCCCAUUUUACAGGACCUUACAUACUACUCGGUCCCAGUAGAUGCAUUGACGAUAUACGUCAGUAUAAAUUUUUGGCGACUACGUCAAUUCUCAUCUGUGUAGAAAUUGUACGAGCGAAACUGGAUGUUCUCGUUUCAUGUCAAUAUCCAAAACGACCGUGGAGGGAAUUUUUCCAAGUAAACUGGCAUUCUGACAAUAAAGUAACAUCUAAGCAAUCUGUUACAGUUGGAAUGAAAUCAGCUGAUGAAGUGAAGGCUUCCUCUAUGGAAAAUAUUAAUAGUUUGGUAGAUCUACAGAAAAACAGUGUCAACAAUAAAUGACUUCAAAUACAACCACUCUUUUUCAUUGUUUUCGUCAAAUAUUCGGGUGCACGUGAACAUCAGUCUACCAUGAGGGAUCUUCAAAUGAUGUUUGAAAUUAAACAGAGAUGGAUAGUCGCUAUCAGUGGAAUCCAGCUUGAAGCGCGUUUCGUCCCAUUUGGGACUCGUCAGUCGGAUGUACCUGCAUCUCACA